GCCAGCGCAAGGGAGAGAAGUGCCACGACUCCAAGGCGCUCGGGCUUACUUCGUCCUGUGGAUCCGCGGGGAGGGGGAGCAACCAGGAAAAAAAGAAAAAGGUGGUGGGGGGGUUGAAGGAUAGGGAAGCACGAUCAGCACCGCACCACAGUUAGAUUCAAGAGCCCAGGAGACAGAGGCAAACCCCCCCACCCCAGGCUUGUCUCACGUUUGAGGUUUGAUACAGAAAGAGCCUUUAACCAAUCAUGGACAUCUACGACCCUCAAACCUUGGGCUUUAUGGUGUUUGGAGGCUUCAUGGUCAUCUCUGCCAUUGGAAUCUUCUUGGUCUCCACCUUCUCCAUGAAGGAAACGUCUUACGAAGAAGCCUUGGCGAAACAGAAGAAAGAGCAGGAAAAGGCUCAACAGGUUAAAUCAGAGAAGAAAAAGAAAGAGAAAUCUGUGGAGAAGAAAGGAAAACCAAAGAAAAGAGACGAAAAGCCCAAUGGGAGAAUUCCGGAAUCUGAGCCAGUGCAGGAUGUCUCGGAGGCAGAGGUCGAAGUUGAACCCGCUGUUGUGCCAACUGUUGAGCCUCCUAUUGUGGCGGUCUCUUCUCCUCCUCCUCCCGAAUCUUCUCCCCCAGCAUCCAAAGAAAAGAGGAAGAAGGAAAAAAAGGUUGCCAAAGUCGAGCCUGCCCCGAGCCCUGUUUCAGCCCAUGCCCCAGUCAGCGCUUCCUCUAAACAAGCCACUGCACCCAUGGUGGAGAUGGUUGCUAGGGAAGUGCCCGUGAUGGCAGUCCCCCCAGUCGGUGCCCAGCAGGGUGCCCCCGUCACUACUACUCCUUCCACUGUGGGUGCCAAAAGGAUUGAUGUAACUGCCAACCAUGAUGAACCAAAGCAAGAUGCCCCAGCCAAGAAGAAGGUUGCACCUAAGAAAAAGUCUGAGCCUAUAAAUGUUCCUGCUGACUCCUUGGAUGGCCCUCUCUACAUUCCAUACAAGACCCUGCUUUCCACAGUGGGCAGCAUGGAUUUCAGCGAGGGUGAGGCCCAGCGACUCAUAGAGAUCCUGAUGGAUAAGGCUGGCAUCGUGCAGGACACCUGGCAUACGGCUACUCAGAAAGGAGACCCAGUAGCAGCCCUGAAGCGCCAACUAGAUGAGAAAGAAAAGCAGCUUGUGGCGGAACAAGAGGACUCCAGCGCAGUCAAAAGCAAACUUCGGGAAGUCAAUAAGGAACUUGUAGCUGAAAAAGCCAAAGCCUCUGCCAAUGAAAAUAAACUAAAGGAGCAGCUGACGAUGCGGGAGGAGGAGCUAAACGCGAUGCAGACCCGCAUGCAGGCCAGUUACCAGGACCACAUGGCUGAGACACAGCAGCUGCAGGCCAAGAUUCGAGGGCUCCAGGAGCAGCUGGAGAACGGACCCACUGCCCAGAUAGCCCGUCUGCAACAGGAGAACUCCAUUUUAAGGGAUGCCCUCAACCAGGCCACAAGCCAGACUGAAAGCAAGCAGAAUGCUGAGCUGGCUAAACUGCGGCAGGACUGUGCCAAACUGACCAAGGAGCUGAGCGAGAAGUCGGAGACCCUCCAGCAGGAUGAGCAGCAGCGGAAGGUGCUGGAGGGUAAAGUCAGCAAGUACGAGCAGCAGCUUACUGAGCUUCAGUCGAGUCAGCAGGAAACAGAGAGGACAUUACAGAAGCGACUUGACGAUGUCAGCGAGGAACUUCGCAAAUCCCAGAGCAGCUAUUCCAGCCUGCUCACAGAUACCGAGAAAAUGAGAGGGGAACAGCGUACUACUCUCAAUAGCUUCACCGAUCUUCAGGCUAAAUUGAUGUCCACAGAGGCUGACCUGAAGAGCAAAGCAGAGGACUUGGAGAAGCAACGCACUCAACUGAUGGAGGCAAGCUCAGAGAAAGAACGCCUGGAGGAGAGAAUCAAGUCGAUCGAGGCUCUGCUCGAGGCUGGUCAGAAUAAAGAGCUGGAGAAAGAACAUCCAGUUCAGGUCACACAGGUAGAACUAGAACAGCUGGAGAACAGGCUGAAGGAUAAAGAUGUUCAGAUUACCACUUUGGAACAGGAGGUACUUCAGCUUAAAGAAACAGUUGAACAGCAAAAGAACAAAAACAAUGACCUCCGUGAGAAAAACUGGAAGGCCAUGGAGGCUUUGGCAUCAGCCGAGAAAAUGUGCGGGGAGAAAUUCAGUGCUGCUAAUCAAAUAAAGGAAGAGGCAGAGCACCAGCUGACAUUGGUCCACACACAAACCAAAGAAAUGCUGCAGGGUCUCUUCCCAGAGGUGUCCGUAUCCUCACAACAGCUCUAUAGCGACUGGUUGCAAGAAUUCAAGCAGAACGCUUUUGAAUUCCUGAACCAACAAAGCAAAGAUCCCUCGGACCUAGCACUUAAGUUAAAGGAAGCUGAAGAAGCCCAAAGCACUUUACAAGCAGAUUGUGACCAGUACAGGACGGUUCUCGCCGAGACAGAGGGAAUGCUAAGAGACCUUCAGAAAAGUGUGGAAGAGGAGGAGCAUGUAUGGAAAGGAAAGUUAGCAGAGUCCGAGGCACAAGUUCAGAAGGCACAAACACAAGUUAAAACAUUAGAGGACACGCUGGAGAAAAUGAAGCUAGAAUCCCAAAGCACGGAACAGAUGAAGGAGCUGGUUGCUGAAUUGGAGGCACAGCUACAAAUCCAGUUAGAAGCUGCACACACACAGUGUCAGAAAUACUCAGUAGAAAUAAAAGAGCUGAGUGAGCUCCUAACAGAAUCACAAAGCCAGCUUGAAACAGCCAAUAAAGAGGUACAGAAACAUAGUGAGGAGCUUUCACAGGUGAGGCAGCGUCUGUGUGAAAUGGAGACCCAUAUGCGUGAUGGAGAGUUGAUUGAGUCACUGACUGAUCAAGUUGAGCAGGAACCUGCCAAGCUUAAAACUCAGUUGGAAGAAACUGUGAUCAAUGAGCAGGCACAGAGACAGAAGCUGGCUGAAGAAUUUGAAAAGGCCCAGAGAUCUGCAUUAAACUUGCAGGAAGAGUUGGAGAAGUUGAGAGCAGCUGGGGACAAUGUCACCUUUGAUGGAGAGGAUAUUGUUCAACUAAAGGAAAGACUCAACAAGGAAAAGGAAAUGACCAAGGACUUGGGCCAAGCUGCUGCACAACUACAGCAGAUGCUGAAAGCUACCCAGGAGCAGCUUAACAAGGAGAAGGAAACUGUUGAGAAGCUACAAGCACAGAGAAAAGAAAAGGAAGAGGAGGGGACGGUGACAGAGGAUGGUUUGAAGGAGGGGACAUCCGUCUGAAGAACCUGCAGUUGCAGUGAACACUACUCAACCUUGCCAGAUGCCUUACAGAUAUAAUAGUUCUUAUGCCAUUCCUAAACCGUGCGCUCAGUAUUGUACCGUAGUUAAUUAUGAAUUGUGAGUGAGCUAGUCAAAAUUUUGAGAAAAGUUGCAGUCAUCAAUUUUUUAAAAAGCUUUUAUGAUUUUCCUUCUCAUUUUACAACACAUUCCAACAGACGAGCCCUGACUGUGUCAGCGAGCUGAAGUCCAGAUGUCCACCUUGUAUAUUAAACAAAAUGACCUGAAAGCUCAGUUUACAUGAAAAGGGAAGCAAAUGUACUAUGUGGGGGAUGUACUUUGAAUUGUGCAAUUAUUAUUAUUUUUUCUUCGAAGAAAAAAUGAACAAGUAAGAGAAAAGGAGCAAGUGAAUUUUAGGUCUUUCCAUGAUUUUUGUCCAGCUGUGAAGAAAACCUUAGCCAGUGACAUGAUUGGGUUGUCAACAGAAUGAGUUUUCAUGACAUUCUUUAUUUUCUGUUGUUUUUCUAAAGUUGUCCAUAUGACAAAUAAAACGUUGUAACUGCU